AGAACCCAAUCACUUAAUCAAUUCUUCUGUUCGACGAUUUCAUACAGAAGAAGACGAGGGGUCACACGAGACUACGUCAUCAUUUUCUGAAAGCUUUUAGUUGGAGGAGGAGAAGCAGAUAUCAAGAAUGACACGGAAGCUUAUCACUGCCAGCUGUCUACUACUCAUUAUCAAUAUUACCAGCGCACUUCAAUGUUACGAUUGUUACGGAACGGGUCCAGAUCAUAAAGAAUGUAAUCAGGAACGGACGUGUCACGGAGUCGCGUGCAUGAUUUUUUCAGUCGACGCCGGAGACAACAAAACCGCAAGCGCCUUCUGCCUUCUCGCGAUGAAAGGAACCAAGAUGGAUGAGGCUAAGGAUGGAUGCUGGUUGGAGCCAGAUGGAAAGGGAAAGCACUGCAUGUGCUUUUCAGAUUUCUGCAAUAAACUCGUCGAUCGCAGAAAUACCGAUGAAGUUGAUCCAAUGGCUCCACUCCUUCCGACGGCCGAGUUUCUCAAGCAGAAUCCACUGGUAGAUUAUGAUGCUCCGAACCUCGGUGACUACGUUGAUGAGGGAUCUCACCCGACUCCGAAGCACGUACUCUUCCCGUCGGCUGACAAGCAGGAUCCACGAGUGGCUGGAGUAGAAGAUGAGGAAGAUGAUCUUGUCCCAGUCGGAUUUGCUGAUUAUGAAGAAGUCGAGGAGAAACGGCGGACUACAAAGCAUCACAAGGAGGCUUCAACUGUUGCCCCAACUACUCCAGACGGUGUCGAACUUCCACACGAUACCGAGUCGAAUGUGGUUCGAGCCGAUGUUAUUGAUGAUAUGGAUGAGAAUAGACGGCCAAUGAGCAGAGUUCCAGAAGAUCGAAAAGAAAACGAGGUGUCAGCUAGUUUCAAGCCACCAUCCUGGGUGCUUUUCGUUUUUCCAAUGGCCGCGUCAUGGGCUCGAUUUUGGAGCAGUUUUUAAACUGAUUCAUAUAUAUCCUCAUCCUCUAUAUCAAAUUCACAUCGAUCCGGGUUUUAUUUCUUACUCUGAUUUUCUUUGUUUCUCCCUAGAUCUCUAAAUCUCACUUUUUUGAAGAAUUUGAAGCAGGUGUGGCCUGCAAUUCGACUUAUUCUGCCAUGUCGUUCCAACAUUUUUCACUUAAAAGUAGUGGCAAAAUAUAGAAAACCGCUAGGUUUAUCUGGAAAAAAACUUUUUUUUAAUGUUAAACGUUUGAGAAAGUGCUCAAAAAUUAUUCUGAAAGUUGCCAUUUUGAUACCAAUUUUUCCUGAAAAAUUGUUGGAGCAAUUGGUAAUUUUGUAGAAUUUCCGCCCAUCCCUGCUUUGAAGUAUUCAUUUUCACAUACAUAUGUGCUAUCCGAGUUAUUAUAUACCAUUCCCCCCCCCACCAUCGUCCCCCAUGUUCAUUCUCCAAUAUGUAUACCGUGUGAUCCAAGAUCUCCCCGUCAUAUUAUCGACGCUGCUGCUCUAGUAUGAUUCCUAGUGCUUCCUGCCGUAGUUACCAUCUAGAAUCGCCUCUCUCUGUAUAAACUUUGAUUCACCACCACCCCGAUUUGCCAGAGCCAUAAUCUUCCCAGUUAUACUAUCAUCCAUUUUUGAAAUGGAACCCCCGUUGUUCUCCGUUUUCACUUUUUUUUCUUGAAUUGUAAUAAUGUUCAAAAAAAUUUGUAUACGCCUCGUGUCUUUCUCUCCCCCCAAACCACCAUUACACUGCAUAACAUUUUGAAAUACGUUUCAACAAUAAUAAAAUCAAGAGAUUUUAA